AGCGGUAAAAAUUGGGGCUUUCCCCGAUUAUCGCUUAGCUUCAAAUUUGCAUACCGUGACCACAAAGUUCGUCAACAACCCGUCGAUAGCGCAAAAAUUUGUUUACUUCGAUUUAUAUUCGAUGCAAACGCUGUACGUUCUCCUACUACAACGACUGGAGGGGAAAAGCUUCACAAAUAAGUGACGUUUUUAAGCUAACGUAGGAGUGAUGAAUUUGAUCUAGAGAGAUGGAAAGAACAUACCCUAAGAUCACCACAAACGCUCGUUUAGGACACCAUCUUGAGGAUGAGUUGGAACAUGAUGAUAAUCAUUCGGCCAGAUGCAGCACAUUUAAACAUAUCGAAGAGACGAUGGAUCAGCUUCAGAAAUGCAAGGUGAAGAUGGCCAUAAAGUCUUUGCAAGCUGCACAUAAGCAUCUAUGUAUACUGGAACUAAAUCCAGAUAGCUUCGGAAACCCAACUGAUUACGAGAAGGAGCAGAUAGAGCGAGGUACCAAGAUGUGCUUUAGUCGUUUCUCAGCUCCUUUCCUGGGUGUAGUUUUGUCGAGCCCGGAGCCGAUACCGGAUAAGGAUGGCCAUUUUUAUGCCAUCUUUACUAUUGUCUUUGGUGCUCUUGCACUAAAGUUACAUAAAUAUAACAUGGCUAUUGAUAUAUUUCAGCGAUGUUCUUCUCUUUUCACAAGUGAUGUCACGCCACGAACUAAAAACAACAUGGAAGUUAUUGAUAUUUUCAUAGGAUUAGCGAAGGCUAAUAUAGGCUGCGUUUAUCUAAUUACUAAAAUGAUCGACAAGGCUGAGGAUCAUCUAAAAUGCGCGCUGGAGAUUUUUGAAAAAUUUAAAAACCAAAACAAAAAUGUUUCUGUAGAUAUAAACAUCGUUAGUAUAAAAACCAACUUAAGCACAGUAUACCAGUGUCAGAAAGACUACCCAGCAGCAGUGCAGUUGCAAGACUGUCUCCUUUUGAAAGCAAAAGAACUCAAUCUUCCCGUUCCACUGGUAGCUGCCAUACAUUACAAUCGAGCAGAGUUGUUCUUAGAGCUCAAAGAACCUUUCAAAGCACUUACGGAGCUGAAUAUAUUGGAUUCACUUUCUGAGAGGAUGAACAAUGAAGAUGGAAUAUUCUCGAAAUUUAUAUCUUCUAAAAUUUGUUUGGCGUAUCAAAUGAUUGGAGAGGUGGCUCGUGCAAAGAAAAUAGCCGAGCGCUUGAUUUUCCCAUCUCUUUCUCCCAAAUCAGCAUCACUGCCCCUCUCUCCAUCCUCAAAAUCGUGCUCGUCAUCAGCAGGGUCAGGGUCAUCAUCAUUAUCAUCGUCACCAUCAUCUUCAUCGUCAUCUUCAUUUUCUGCUUCGACACUGAUGUCUUCAUUUUCCCUUUUCCUUCCCGAUUUUGAAGCCUUCCUCGAAUGUUAUGGAAAAUUCAAUUGGGACUUCUUGUUCGCAAUUAUAUUAAAUGUAGUUGAUUUUCACCUGAAAGAAGAAAACUUAGACUUCGUAUCUUUCCUUGAUUUUUUUGUACCAAAUUGUGAAGAAAUGCUAGGGGAAAACCACCCAACAUAUGCAUCCGUUCUCUACAGGCAAGGUUUCAGAUUUUUUCUGAUGGAACGAAAAUUGUCGUCAAAGAAUUGCUUUGAACAAGCAUUAAGUAUUUUGACAAGUUCGAACUUCGGCUCAGAUCACCCAGAUUUAGUGCAAUGUAAUAUCGGCCUUGCAAGGCUAUUAUUGUGCAAGGACUUUCAAGAGGUUCGUCAGUUGAAGUCGUACCCUGACCGAUGCAGGCGAGAGUUUUCUUGUGACGCAGCAGCCGAUGUUGUGGACCCUGAUAUUCCAUCCUUUAGAGAAGACAGUGGAAAGUUGAACAGCAACGAAGAAUUAGACGAACUAGUUCAAAUUUCUGCUCAAGGAAACCAUAGAGGCAGGCAAGGUGAUUGUCUUGAAAAUGAUUCCCAAAAGGAUAAGAACAGAGGAAUCAGCGUCUCACAAAGGAUACUGGAAACAUCAAAUGUAGUCUGUGAUGGAUGGAAUGACGCUCUUAGAGCUUCUUUUCAUGGAGGAGAUGUGGGUACGGAUAGCGGUGAAAACUCCGAUGUACUCGCCACGAAUGGAGCAUGUGGUUUUGACAAAGAGUGGAAUACUCCAGUUUUUGCCCCUCCAAAACGACGAGAUUCCCAUGAGAGUAAUUCGAAAGCAAAAGGAUCUCUUGGCUUGAAAGGUGGACGCCAAAGCAAUUUUCCGUUGGGCCACGGUUCACAUAGGGAUCCCAGUGAGGAUGAAUUUAGAACAAAUCACAUUGGAAUAGAUCCCAGUUUUCUCGCACGCCAUUCUUAUGAGUACAAUGCAUCUGAUGCAUAUCUCCACUCCAAGUACGACAGAUCUGGGUACAUGCCUGAGAUGUACUGCCCAACUCCCUCAAGUUCAUCGACAUAUCCUGGAUGUCCUGAUGCAAUGGGAUCUCCUCCAAAAGCAUACGUAAGUCCUGAUGAGUAUCAGCAUGAAGAGCCAUCUCUAAACCUAGUCCUAAUGCCUAAAAUUGUUCCAGCGAAGACCUUAUAACCGCCUCAAUCUUCAGGUUUUCUC